AUGAUCGGUCUGGGCUUGCUUUUGCAGCUUGCAGCAAGCCAGCAGAUCAUCACAGAGGCGCCAGCAUGCGACGGCGUCUUCUUGGCAACCUUCAACAUUCAAAACUACGGCGAGAGCAAAGCCUCCAAAUCUGCCGUUUUGGAUGCGCUGGCCGCGGUCAUCGUCCGCUAUGAUGUGGUGACGAUCCAGGAAAUCUCGCAGAUGCCGGACGGCACUGGCGAGUGCGGGGAGAACACCGAGUCUUCCAUUUGCAGCUUGCAGGUGGCUGUGAACGCCCACAGCCCAAGGCACUUUUCCUUGCGGAUCUCCCCACGAAUUGGGGACGAGCAGUACGCAAUCCUUUACGACACGACUCUGGGCACCUACCUGAGCGGUGACGAGUUUCCAGACAGCACAGCCACCUUCUCCCGGCCUCCGUAUGCCUUUCACCUGGACAUAGGGGGCGCGCGGCUGGCCAUCGCCUCCACCCACACCUCCCCCAGCACGGCCUCCGCGGAGAUUGCCAAGUACCCGUCCGUUCUAUCUUGGAUGGAGGGGGCUUUUGCGGCUGACUACUACAUGGUUGCCGGUGACUUCAACGCUGAUGGAAGCUAUUUCGACGAGGACAGCGAGUGGACGUCAAUCAUGAGCAGCCUUCCCAACUACACGUUGCUCACCGGGAACGACUUGGACACCACGGUGUCCAGCAGCAGCAACACCUACGACCGGAUCAUCGCAAGUUCUCACCUGCAGGCCUCCCCAGCGGCGGUGUUUCACAUCGAGGAGCACGUGAAUCUGUCAGGAGUCUUUGAGCAAGGAUGCGCUGACGGGUACAUCUCCAGCUCAAUUUGCAGCAGCUCACCCGUGCAGUGGUUCGAGGUCACCAAGGAGCUGUCCGACCACUACCCUGUAGAGCUUUGCAUGCACCUGAACGGCACCUGCAGCGACUGCGCGGCCCCCACGGCGCUGAGCGCCGGGGACUGCGCGGUGGUGGGCUUCCAAGCAGAUGAUCCAGACGAUUUUGCGAUCCUGUUGCUUGCUGCCGUGAGCGGGGGCCAAACAAUCUAUGUCACUGACAACGGCGUGAAAGCUGAUGGCUCCUUCCGGGACUCUGAAGGCGUGCUGCAGUUCACCGCUUCCGGGCCGCUGCCUGUGGGCGGCCUGCUGCGACGGGAGAACUUCACUACUGCGUCAGGUAGCUUUGCAUUGUCCUCCAGCGGGGACCAACUUGUGGUCUACACAGGCACCAAGGACAGGCCCACUUUUCUGUGCGCCAUCAACUUCGAGGGAACAGGCUGGCAGUCCGACGCCACCAGCGCCGCCACCAGCGCCCUGCCGCCGGGCCUCGACGCCUUGGCGCUGGACGAGACGGACAAUGCUGUCUAUCUGGGCAACACAUCCGGGUCUGUGGAGGAGCUGCGGCUCUGGACGCGAGAUGCCACAAACUGGGCCUCAGCCGGGCUUCGUGACCAGAUUACCCUUCCCAGCGCCUUCACCAUCGUGACUCCCUCGACAAUGGGUCCAACAAGCGCCACCACUACGAGCACAAGUUCUAUGUCCACAGACAUAUCCACGAGUGCGUCCACAAGUACCUCCACAAGUGCGUCAGAAGCUGUCACCACAGUUUCUGGCACAUCCGGCGCCAACUCCACCACAAGCACUGCUGACGGCUGGCCAGUCCUCGUGGCCGCCGCGCGGACGAGGUGGCUGCCUGUUUGGCUCAUUGCCCUGGUUUCAGCGAGGAUAACGCUUUGA